AUGGCCACCCCCAUCAAGGUCAGAGAUUCAAAUUCAGAGAUCCGGGCGAAGUUGGGCUUGAAUGAGGGUGAAUUGAAAAAUCUAACGGCCUUUGCCCGGAAUGCCCACCAAGAAUUCUGCGAGUCAAAUAAAGACUCAGUAUGGGCUAACUUUAACAAAACCUGGACCGAGGUCCCUUAUUUUGAAAAAACAGAGGUGACGGAAAAGCUCGUUGAGCUUUGCGAGAAAGCAAGGCUCUUCACCAAAACUAAAGCACCCCAGUCAAUCAUCGACUCGGCCUUAGCGCAGCGGUUAUUCCUGACACGGCAAAAUUGGCAGAGACGGCAACGUAUGUAUGCCUAA